AUGCUUCUCGGCAAGGCACUGCUGGCGCUUGCCUGGGCGGCAACUGCCACUGCUGUUCCAGCGAACGGGGCCAAAAACACGAUUGUUGCGCGUGGGCUUGGCCCGUCCAAGGCCCCGGGACCGGACGACGCCGCCGCGGGACCGUCCAACGCCGCCGCGGAAAAGGGCGGACUGUAUCGAUUCGAGUUUGUCGUCGACUACAUGUCGCCCGGUGACGGGCUUGCUCGCUCAUCAGCGCCUAACUACCAGGGGGAAGAUUCGGAUCAGAAGAUCACUCCUGACACCAUUGCGGCCUUUAGACUGUACAACGUCACGCAUGUCAUCAGCGCCAACCACGAAGCCAACGACGAGACGAUCAAAAAGGCCCUUGCCGAUGCUGGAAUUGACUAUACCCCUCUGCCCGUCCCCGACUUCGAGGCCGCCACCGCCCAGGAUUUCCAACGUGGCUGGGAUGCUUUCGUCCAACACCGCAGCACCGGUAAUACGCUGGUCUGGUGUGGCUACGGACAUGGCCGGACAGGUACCAUGAUCACUGCUCUACAGAUACACGCGGAGCACGAGAGGGGCGAGAUGCAUACGUGGACACACCAGGACUACGUCCGGAAUCAUGUUGAGACGGCAGAGCAGGAAGCGAGACUCAACCAGCUCCAGGAGACUCUCAGAGCCCAAGCAGUGCCCGCGCCCACCGACCAGGAAUUGGCCGACUUGCGGGCGGGCAACUUUGCGCAGCUCAAUUGUGUUACCCUUCUCGCCGCCAUGCUGACCAGAAAUCAUCUCAGCGAGAGGUCAACGCGAAGAGAGGUUAAGAUGAUCCCUCGACAAGGUACUUGUUACAUCUGCCUGACAAACCCUAACCACGACCCGUUGCUGACCUUUACAGCAACACCCAAUCCCUCCAGAGUAGCGCCCAAGAAGUUCGGUUGUGAGCGGGCUCAGCAAAUCUUGCUGACGGAAGACAUACCCGUGCCCUGCAAGAAAAUCAAAAACAUCCAGCUUGGUGUCGCCUUCUCCAACGAUCUCGCGUCGGGAAGCUGGGAUGACAUUGGCGCUACUCUCGAAGGCCCGGCUGGUAACGCAACUCUGCAUGUUUCCACACAGCCGGAGCGAGGAUCUCAUACCUGGGCAACGGUUAAUAUGCAGGAAUCGUACAAGAAGGAUGAAAUUGAAGUCUCUGGCAUCAACAAGCUCACCCUGAAUGCUGCGGGCAUCGCCAACCAACCGUGGCGAUUUGGCGGCCCUGGCAUCAAUGAUGAGUGGCAAGUUGAAGAUAUCCAGAUCCGCGCCGACUGCGCUGAUCCCGGCUUUGCGGCCAAGGACGACUCACUUGUCGGUCUGAAUGCCUGGUACGGGCACCCUGGUGGUUGGUUCUGGGCCAAGACCGAGAAGAAAACCGUGGCCACUUUCCCCAUCGUGCCUGGUGACUGGGCCUUUGCGCCUCCUUGCGCCAUUAUCAAAGAGUUGUCCUAUGACUUCAAGUUGGCCGAAUGGUACGGGGGCGGCACAUAUGACGCGCUGGCAUUCAGCAUCAGCGACGGCAAGACGAUUGAUUUGGGGGAGAGCGUCGACUAUACCUUCCACAAGGACGGCAAGAUCGAUCUCAAGGCCAUCUUUGGCAAAGACCAAGUUGAUAUCCGCGACCUCAAGGAGCUCCAUUUACUUGAUAACCAUGGGUCGAACGGAGCUGGAGACCCGUGGGCGUUCCAAGGUUUGACCUUGUCUGCGACCUGCGCCACCAGCUCCAGGAAGAUGGCCAUGAAGAAGUAUCAAGCCGUCAACCAAUGGGUCGGAUACGUCGAGACUGGGCCAGCCUGGACUGGCGCUGUUGCCGCUUCGGACUGGCUUGAGGUAGUUGCUUAA